AUGACAACCUCACUAUUCAAAAGUACAAUCCACAAACAUUCCAGUGUAGGAGAUAUCUGGUUCAGAUCGGAGGACGGCAUCCUUUUCGGGAUCUGCCAACAUCGCAUAGCUCAAAGGAGUACGGUCAUAUCUGACAUGCUAGAGCCUCCCCCUCUUCAGGCGAGCCCGAUAGAUAUUGAGCUGUCCACCGGCCUGCUCGAGAUACUACUAGACUACGUCACGUCAUUGCAUCCAAAAGAGCUCGAGACAAACUUCAACGAUACUAAGGCUCUUUUCCUGGCUUGCGAAAAAUGGGGAAUCGAACAUACCAUUUUGGCGAAGUUCAGACAAAGGAUGUAUGAUCUCAGUAUCGAUGAUCCAUGGGAUUUACUUGUAUGGGCAUCGGAGCGGGAUGAUAGACAUAUGGCUCGAGCAGCGUUGGAGAAGAUGACCCCUGAGACAUUCGCUAGGGGUAAAAGGACAUACUGGGAGAAAUCCUCUUUCUGGAUGAGUUUGGACGAGCUGCCACCCCCAUGGCAAUGGCGCCUUCUGAGAGCGGCACUCGAUGACCCUACCGAGGGGGUCGUGACUCGCUACGAAAAGUAUGAAUGGACAUCGAGAAAGAAAAUGCCAUGGAAAGAUGGAAGUAAGAUGUUUGAGCAGAGAAAGGGUGAACAUCCCGGUUAG